AUGAAAAAGCUGGGAAAAUUGAUUAGCGCUGAACAACAACUUUGUUUCACACACGCAAUCCACUUGGCGGUUCUUGAUGUAAUGUACAAGAAGAAGUCCAAACAACCAAAAAAGGAAGAAAGGAACGUCAGUGAGGACAACAAUGAGGACAACAAUGAGGACAACAGCGAGGACAACAGUGCGGACAACAGCGAGAACGAGAGUGAUUACGAGAGUGAGGACGAGAACGAAGACGGUGGUGUAGUGAUCGACGAGAAAGAAGACGAGGAAACCAAUUUAAGUUGCAGUGAACUCGCGAAAACAAUAAAAAAAGUACGAACAGUAGUUCGCCGUUUUAAAAGGUUUGCAAAGAAGAACGAAGUCCAUCUUCAAAAGUACGUAAACGCUGAGUUUCCGGGGAAAGAUCUUGUUCUUCUUCCUGACGUCAAAACCAGAUGGAAAAGUUUAGUGACGAUGCUGGAAAGGUUUUGA